GUUGAGCGUAGGCUAACUAGCUGGGGUUUUAGUUCAAAUGCAACCCCAGACGGCUGAUGGCUACUUGUGCGGAAAUGGCUAAUUAUCUGCUGUUAACGAUUUGUGCUCUUAUCACUGGAGAUUUGGUGGCCGGUCAAGAUUUUCUGAUAUUCGCGGCAACAACAAGUUCCCCCUUGAUGCCCACAAGGCCAACAAUGCGUUCGACUGGCGAUUUUGUGCUGGUCAACAAUUCGCCAGUUGUGGGCACGAUGACACCAUUCAGCACACCAGCUGCGGCGCCCACUCAAGCAUUCAUCGAUUGCUUUGGCCGUUGUCCAACUACGCCGGAAUAUAAUCCGAUCUGUGCCAGCAACAGGCAAUUGUACCUCAAUGAGCAGAAAUUCGACUGCGCUCGCUUCUGUGGCGCCGAUAUACGGAUUGUGCGUCGUGGUAGCUGCGAGGGCCUGUUUCCCAUGCAACGCGGCUGAAGUCUGUCGUCCAGAUCUUAUAGCUGGAUAAUGAUUGUUUAACUUAUGAAAUGUGAAAACUUGUGUAAACAUUGAAGCACCUUUUAAUCGGCAUUAACCGACUGCACCAUACCCUGUUUAUAUUUUCAAAUUUUACAAUAUCAUCCACGGAAUUUAUAAUCUCUUCUUGUGUGUCUAAGACUGCACACUGCAAGCCUGAACUACCCCAUUCUACUAUAUGAACAGAGCAUAUUUUAUGGCUAACAUAAGUCGAGAAUUCUCAGGAAAAAAUAUCUGUAUAAACUUGUAAACAAUCGUGAUUCUGAUA